AUGACGAGUCUCUUGUUGCUUGCAGAAAAGAACCCCGAUGGUCAGCAUCUUCUUCCUGGGCAAUCCUGGAGGAAACGUAACUACAUUCAAGUACCCUUCGCCCUCCCCUCCCAGAAGGGCUGGAGCCGACCAGAUCAUCAUAAACUCCCUGAAGAUCACGUCAUCACUGACCAGCCAAGAACCUUGAACGUGCAGACCCCGCGGCCCCCAAUUUCUGUCUGUAAGAACUUGGGGGGCCCAGGAAGUAAGCAUUUAAAAGCUGUGCAGCUCCUGGGUCUGCACGUUGCAAUAAGACCUGCGUUCUACCGCCAUUGCACGUCAGUGACGGACUUGCUGCACAGUGGAGUUAAGGGCUGGCAGCCCCGGCAAUGUCCACCGGCAUCUGGGGUGGAAUGUGGGGGCGGCGCCACCGAGGCCGGAUCUCCCCAGGAGGAGGAGGAGGAGGAGGACGGGUGCGCCCGGGAGAGAGGAGGAUGUUUACCGGUGUCCUGGCAACAGCAGCUGUGCGCACAGGAGCGGCGGGGCGACGUUGAUAACAGAGACGCUGUGUUAAAGCUCUUGGGCUCAGUUAAUAACAUAAUAACGGAAGAAUCAGCUACAAUAACUAUUGGUAAAAUCACCAACAUUCAUGAUCCAGAGGAUAAGACAACAACAUCAAGAGAAAACAAUAACUUUUGUGGGGAAAUGUGUUCUAUCCUGGAGAAACCUCAUGAUGUGGAGACUUUAUGCAUUACUUAUAGUUUGGAAGGAGUGUUUUUAAAUGGUGGAAAAACGGAUGAUGAAGAUGAAAUUAAGUAUGAAAGAAAAGGAGAGAUUUGCGAAGACAUUGUCACAUGUUUAAGAGAAAAAUCAGCAAAAUUUUCAGAAAAUAUGUCUAAACGUGCAACUCAAUUCAAAGAGCCAAAAUCAAUGGAAAAAAAGGAACUGGAGGAGGCACUAAAGAAAGAGGAGACAGCUACAUUCCGUAAAGCUGUAACUGGUUCGCGGAAGACUGCAUUGGAGAAGAAUCAGAAUAAUUUCAUGAAAAAUCAGAUGAGCAGGAGACUGAAGCCAACGUUGAACUGGAGGUCUUCUAUAGACACCAAAGCCCACAAAAGUCCUGCAAAAGACAGCCAAGAUGAAAAGCAUGGCAGAAGAUUUGAAAAAACAAUGUCAUCUGCUCCAUAUGGAAGAGUUCAGUUACUGAGUAAAAAUGUCGAUAAAUUUGAAGAAGUAUCAAGUGAGAGCCCCUCGGAGGGUGAGGAAGAGGAGGAACCAAGUGACCACCGUCAGGAGGCAAACGUGGAUUUGCCAUCAGAGUACUGGCAAAUUCAGAAGCUGGUGAGGUAUUUAAAGGGAGGAAGUCAAACAGCUACAGUGAUUGCAUUGUGCUUGAUGCGGGAUUUCAACCUAGUCCAUGAGACCUGCCAACUGGCAAUCAGAGACGUGGGAGGCCUUGAGGUUUUAAUCAAUUUACUGGAUACCGAUGAAAUCAAGUGUAAGAUCGGUUCGUUAAAAAUCAUGAAAGAGAUCAGCCAGAACCCUCAAAUCAGACGUAACAUAGUUGACCUCGGCGGACUGCCCAUCAUAGUCAACAUACUUGACUCUCCACACAAGAUUCUGAAGUGCUUGGCAGCAGAGACGAUUGCGAAUAUUGCCAAGUUCAGACGAGCCCGACGGGUGGUGAGGCAGCACGGUGGCAUUCCCAGGCUGGUUGCUCUCCUUGACUGCACGCAAAGUACCACAGAACCUGCAUACUUAAGUCUCUAUGACACCGGAGAUGUGGAAGUGGCUCGCUGUGGGGCCCUGGCGCUGUGGAGUUGUAGCAAGAGUUAUGCCAAUAAAGAAGCCAUUCGCAAAGCCGGGGGCAUUCCUCUAUUGGCUCAGUUACUGAAGACGUCCCAUGAAGACAUGCUCAUUCCCGUGGUGGGGACGUUACAGGAAUGUGCAUCGGAGGAAAACUACCGAGCUGCAAUCAAAGCAGAAAGGAUCAUUGAAAAUCUGGUGAAGAACCUAAACAGUGAGAAUGAGCAACUGCAGGAACACUGUGCCAUGGCCAUUUACCAGUGUGCUGAAGACGAGGAAACUCGUGACCUGGUUAGGCUGCACGGAGGCCUGAGACCCCUGGCUAGCCUGCUGAGUAACACCGACAACAAAGAACGCCUAGCUGCUGUCACGGGGGCAAUAUGGAAGUGCUCCAUCAGCAAGGAGAAUGUGACCAAGUUUCGGGAAUACAAAACCAUUGAAGCUUUGGUGGGACUGUUAACCAAUCAGCCUGAAGAAGUGCUGAUCAAUGUGGUUGGGGCCUUAGGAGAAUGCUGCCAAGAUUAUGAAAGCCGGGUCAUCGUCCAGAGAUGUGGUGGCAUUCAACACUUGGUGAACCUUCUUGUUGGAGUAAACCAAGCACUUCUUGUGAAUGUCACGAAGACGGUGGGUGCCUGUGCACGCGAGCCUGAGAGCAUGGUAAUAAUUGAUCGCUUAGAUGGAGUUCGUUUGCUAUGGUCUCUCCUGAAAAAUCCUCACCCAGACGUGCAGGCCAGUGCAGCAUGGGCCCUCUGUCCAUGCAUCAAAAAUGCUAAGGAUGCUGGCGAAAUGGUCCGUUCCUUUGUGGGUGGUUUGGAACUUGUCGUUAAUUUGCUGAAGUCAGAUAACAAAGAAGUUUUGGCAGCUAUAUGCGCUGUCAUUACCAAUAUCGCAAAAGAUCAAGAAAAUUUAGCUGUUAUUACAGAUCAUGGAGUUGUUCCUUUAUUGUCCAAACUGACUAACACGAACAACGAGAAAUUGAAGCGACAUCUAGCGGAAGCUAUCUCACACUGCUGCAUGUGGGGCAGAAAUAAAGUGACCUUCGGUGAACACAGAGCGGUGGCUCCCCUCGUGCGUUAUCUGAAAUCCAAUGACAUCGGAGUGCACCGAGCAACAGCUCAGGCUUUGUACCAACUCUCAGAAGACAUCAACAACUGCAUCACAAUGCAUGAGAACGGCGCAGUCAAGCUUCUCCUGGAUAUGGUUGGCUCCUCAGACCAAGACCUCCAGGAAGCCGCAGCUGGUUGCAUAGCCAACAUCCGUAGGUUGGCUCUUGCCACAGAGAAGGCAAGAUACACUUGA